AUGCCAUUCAAAAUGACACCAACACCUCCUUCUACGAACUCCUCGAGUGCUGGCCACUCUCCAGAUUACAGAGUCGUCCGGAAACGAAACCGGGUACCUUUGUCAUGCGGGCCUUGUCGGCACAGAAAGCUGAAAUGCAAUCGUACAAAUCCUUGCGAAAACUGUGUCAAACGAGGAGAUGCUGCUUCAUGCAACUAUGCACAACCCAACUCGCGCAAGAAGAACUCGACCCAGCAGGUUUCCAAUACACCAGAUGAUAUGCAAAACCGCAUUGAUCGGUUAGAAGGCUUGGUUCUUUCGUUGAUGACAAACGGCUCUCAGUCUGCAGGCCCGGCUGCUGCCAUGGCGGUACUCUCCGGGGAAAGUAGUGCGGGCUCGACUCGAUUCUCCCAUGACAUCGAUGCCGAAGAGGAGGGUAUGGAGGGCGCCGAAGAGAGCGACACGGACCAGGUGACGAAGUCAUUUGGUAUCAUGAAGAUGGACAAUAACAAGUCGUAUUACAUCAGCGAUGCUCAUUGGGCGUCUGUGUUGAAUGAUAUCUCCGAGGUGCGAAGUUUCUUCGCAACGCAUAAGAAGCAAGUCGAUGAGCAAGUUGAGAAAGUUAAAGCGGCCCGCCCAGCUAUUGAUACAACAGGAGCGAAUUUGUUGUUUGGUAUCAAUAAGUCGAUGAGCCGUGGGGAGAUCAUGAGUGGCUUGCCUUCUAAGUAUACAACUGACAUUCUUAUUGCUCGCUAUUUCAAUUGCUAUGAUCCUGCAACACAUGUUCUUCAUGGGCCCACAUUCCAAGCACAGUAUAAUAAACAUUGGGAUGAUCCCGCCGCAACCGAACUCGUCUGGAUCGCCAUGCUCUUCGGAAUGAUGAGAUUGGCAAUGCUAUCUUACCACCGCGAAGGUGAUGAGCCACCUGAAUUCCGGGGCAAGUCUCUGGACAUGGCUGGGGGAUUCCGAAAUUCUGUAGCACAAUGCUUGACAUUGGCUGACUACACAAAAUCUCACCCGUAUCUGAUUGAAGCGUUCGUGUUUCAUUUGCAUGGCGAUUUCUCUCAAACUCGAGAGGCGGACAUUUCCAUUUGGGUCAUGACUGGCGUUGUUACUCGCCUGGCAAUGCGAUCAGGAUACCAUCGUGACUCCAAAAUGUUCCCAAACAUCACACCUUUCCAAGGUGAGAUGCGACGGCGAGUGUGGACCUUUGUGCGCCAGGCCGACCUUCUGUUCUCAUACCAGGUCGGACUGCCGGGGAUGAUCCGAGGCACGGAGACCGAUACUGAACUACCACGGAAUUUAUACGAUGAUGAUUUCGAUGAAGACUGCAAGGAACUCCCGCCCCCUCGUCAGUUGAACGAGCCAACACCAAUCUCGUAUUUGAUUGCCAAGGCCCGCCUGGCAUAUGUAUUCGGCCAUGUGGUUGAUCAAAGCUCUGCUGUCUCGACAGCCCCAUACGAAAAGGUGAUGGAAAUCGACGCGGAACUCCGACAAGCAAGGGACUUAAUCCCUGACCACUUGCGUAUUCGGCCUAUGGAGGAGUGCCAGUUGGAUCCUGUUAAUCUGAUCAUGUCACGGUUUAGCGUAAUGGCUGUAUACAACAAAGCUCAGUGUGUGCUUCAUCGCCCGUAUGUGGUUCGCGCACGAGAAAAUCCUCGUUUCACCUAUUCUCGAAGGACAUGUAUCGACUCAGCAAUGGAGUUAUUGCAAGUCCAGGCUCUCCUGCACGCGGAAACGCGCAAUGGACGUUUACGCAGCCGCCUGAGUCGAGUAAGUUCCCUCAGUUCAGCCGACUUCUUACUCGCAGCCACUAUUGUUACUCUCGACCUGUACCACGGUCUGUCAUUGCAGGUGAGCGGCCGGCCAUCGGGAGACACGUACACGUGGGGCCGAGAGCGGCGCGAUGAAAUGACCGCCGCGAUCCAACACUCAAAAGAAAUUUGGGAUGAGUCACUUGAUGAGAGUAUGGAAGCAUGGAAGGCAUCCAGCAUACUUGGUGUGAUGCUCAGCAAGUUGCGCAUGACAGCCCCAGGCGUGGAAAACAGCGCCGGAGCUGCUUCCUUUGAGCCACAAGAUGAGAAGCAGAACGCGGCCAUGACCCUCGGCCUGCUGAGCAGCGGAAUGAGCCCGAUGAACCCGGGCCCGCCUCCAUUUGCCGAUCCUAUGUUCAAGAUGGGAGAGUCGCCAAUGGGAACAGGAGCAGGUGGCGUGGGCACCUCGGCCGAAAUGCCGGGUGCACUUUCGCCCUUUAGCAGCAUGUUCGGGCAGAUGCCUGACAUGCAGGUUAAUCUGGAUUGGGAUGCUUGGGACACAUACAUCCAAAACCCAACCCUCGACACAUCCAAUCAAUUCUGGCCUAUGAUUGAUGCACAGCGCCAGACAAUUCCACAGUCUGGAGGCAUGUCACAGCCUUCGGUGCCUAGUCCUCUGACCUCGAGUCGGGGGCCAUCAACUGGUAGUGUUCCCCGGGCACCGACAAUGUUCUCAGCAUCCUCCAACAGCCCCGACAGUGGAGGUGUGCCGGUCACAGGAUACGGCAUGCCGCCAAUGCCCCAACAAAACAAUGGUCGGGGCCAAGCCACUUCGCGUUCAUCGAUCACCGGCUCUAGCGCAGUGCUGCGUUCAACAUGUCCCACUCCUACGCGGUUCGCCUACCCAACUCCCAUACAGACAAGGUUAAACUCAACCAACGAAGGCGGCCCACGAAUUCCAGUCAGAUAUGUUGAGUCUGUCAAACCACAGACAACGCCAGAGGAUUACCGUCUGCAAAGACAAGAACGCAGACGUCAGUAUAUGAGCGAAGGCCCUUUACCGAAGACCACCCUGUAUGUCGGCAACCUCUUCUUCGACGUAACCGCAGAGGACCUGCGCAACCAGUUUGAGAAAUUCGGUGCCGUGGAGAAUGCAUUGAUUGUGCACGAUGCCCGCGGGUUGAGCAAAGGUUUCGGCUACGUUACCUUCAGCACCGUCGAGGAAGCCACGGAAGCAAUCACACAACAGCACGGAGGCAUUUUCGAAGGCCGCGAGGUGGUCGUGCAGUUCUCCAACACGACGUACAGAUCCAUGGCCGACAGCAAGCCCAGCAAGACCCUCUACAUUGGCAACGUCCCAUACGAAUUGACAGACCAGGAUCUGCAGGAUUUGUUCGAUGAUAUUCCCGGUGUCACCGAUGUCCGCAUCCCCGUCGAUCGUCGCACGGGUUUGCCCCGUGGAUUCGGACACAUCGACUUUGCCGACCAGAGCAGCGCUUCCCACGCCAAGGAGGUUCUCUCCCGCAAGGCGCCUUACGGCCGCAAGCUGACUGUCACCUUUGCUAGGCGCAAGGUCUUGACCCCUGAGGACCACCAGCGUCACCAGCAGAGGAAGCUUGAGAAGAAGGGCUCCUACAACAAACGUCAAGGUACUCAGGAUGAUGUCGAGCCUGAGCAGGCCGUCGAUCACACCGAGACUGAGCAGAAGCAGUAG